GAAGCAAGAGGAGGAGCAGGGAAGGUAUCUUCGCACUGAGGAUACACAAACGGUCACAACCAUCACUACCAUCAGGGAGAUACGCAGUCAGCCUGAGCCCUCCAUGGAUCGUUUUGAUACCUAUUCCAGGACCAUAAGAGAAGAGGAGCAGAGAGUCAAAACCCCAGAACCUGAAACCAAAAAGCCGUUUGUGUUUGUGAAGGAGUAUGUCAAUGCAACUGAGACAUCCUUGCAGAACCCCAGAGACACGCUUAAUAGGUCAGAUUACCUGACUUCAAGCUCCACCAGCUAUUCUUACAGCAGCCCAUCUCUUUACUCCAGCUACCCCAGGAUCCCACCGUCAUCUACCUGUACAUACUGCGGAGAGCCGGUGGGAAAUGAUGCCAAGAUUACCAUUGAGCACCUCAACAUCAACUGCCAUCCUUCCUGCUUCAAGUGUGAUGUGUGUAAGAAACCCAUGGGAGACCUUCUCCACAGUAUGUUCCUGCACGGUGGGAAAGUCCACUGCGAGACCUGCUACAGGGCCAUCUGAUCAUCAAGAGCUUCGCAGACCUCCUCUCUCUCCUUUCUGUCACGUUAAUUCGCACACAAAGCGAGAACUGCUCUUUUUUUCCAAAGUUUGCACUGCAUUUGUUUGAACUUCUGAUUAAUGUAGCUUAAAGUGACCCGCGAGUAUGAUUUCUUAAACUUGAUAAUGACAUAUUUUAAAACCUUGUGUUGUGUUUUGAUGGUGGUGAAAGCUUUAUCUGCUUCGGUUUACUAUGAAGGAUACGUCUGUCCAACAUCACACACUGACGUGAACAGACUAAUACUGGUGAGAGGGAUACAAGAAUUUAGCAACAAGAGAAAAUUUUAAAAAAAAGAACUUGGUUACAAAAUGUUUACUUAAUUUUUGCUCUUCUUGAUACAAAAUAGUGUUUGCAUGUAUGAUGCUUUGUUAGCAAAAUAAAACAAUUUCUAUAA